CUCCAAGAGGUCUCAGACCGCCUAGGAGUUGUCCGGUGACCAACCAAUGGGGGUGGAGCAAGCGGUCCCGUCCCCGACCGCUUCCUGGGAAGCUGAGAGACCCUAGCUUCUCUAAAUCCACUCUCCCCUCUCCAUCCACCUCCUGACGGCCGAGAUGGCAGCAACGCUGAGCCUAGAGCCCGCGGGCCGCAGCUGCUGGGACGAGCCGCUGCGCAUAGCCGUGCGCGGACUCACCCCCGAGCAGCCCGUCACGCUGCGCACGGCCCUAAGCGACGAGAAAGCCGUGCUCUUCCGCGCCCACGCGCGCUACCGCGCCGACGCCGGCGGCGAGCUGGACCUGGCGCGCGCGCCCGCGCUGGGCGGCAGCUUCGCGGGGCUCGAGCCCAUGGGGCUGCUCUGGGCCCUGGAGCCCGACAGGCCUCUCUGGCGCCUGCUCAAGCGGGACGUGCAGACGCCCUUCGUGCUGGAGCUGGAGGUGCUGGACGGCCACGAGCCCGACGGCGGGCGGCUGCUGGCCCGGGCGGUGCACGAGCGCCACUUCCUGCCGCCCGGGGUGCGGCGGGUGCCCGUGCGCGCGGGCCGGGUGCGCGCCACUCUCUUCCUGCCGCUGGAACCUGGCCCCUAUCCUGGGAUUAUAGACCUUUUCGGAGUUGGAGGUGGCCUUCUGGAGUACCGAGCUAGUCUGCUUGCUGGGAAGGGUUUCGCUGUCAUGGCUCUGGCUUAUUAUAACUACGAUGACCUCCCUAAGGGCAUGGACACCAUGCGCAUGGAGUACUUUGAAGAAGCUGUAAACUACCUGCUUAGCCACCCUGAGGUAAAAGGUCCAGGAAUUGGGCUGUUUGGGAUUUCCAAAGGGGGAGAACUUGGCCUUGCUAUGGCCUCUUUCCUGAAGGGCAUCACAGCUGCUGUGAUCAUCAACGGCUCUGUGGCUGCUGUCGGGGGAACCAUUUACUACAAGGAUGAGAGUGUACCCCCUGUGUCCAUACUGAAAGAUCGUGUCAAAAUGACCAAAGAUGGCCUCAUGGAUAUUGUGGAUGGUCUGCAAAGCCCUUUGGUAGAAUCAAAGAGCUUCAUCCCCGUGGAGAGGUCUGAUACCACCUUCCUGUUCCUGGUAAGUCAGGAUGACCACAACUGGAAGAGCGAGUUCUAUGCCAAUGAGGCCUCCAAACGCUUACAGGCUCAUGGGAAGGAAAAGCCCCAGAUCAUCUGCUAUGCAGAAGCGGGGCACUACAUUGAGCCCCCUUACUUCCCCUUGUGCAAAGCUGGCAUACACCUCCUGGUCAGUGCUAAUAUCACCUUUGGAGGGGAGCCUAAGGCUCAUGCCAUGGCCCAGGUAGAUGUGUGGCAACAACUCCAGGCUUUUUUCCACAAACAAUUGGGUGAUAAGAAUUAGGAGUUAGUUUGGGGGAAAAGGUACAAAUAUAUUGUUUGACCAUCAACUCUGAUUAGUUCAUUUGAGCAUAUAACUCCUGUAGCUUU